UGUCUGUCCAUUUGGACGCCAGCACCAGUCACCCCUGGCUGAGUGUGUCCUCAGACCGACUGCAGGUCCAGGAGGCAGCGGUGCGUCCCCCUCCUCCCUCAGACAGCAGACAGCGUUUUGCUGAGUGGCCCUGUGUGCUGGGGGACACCGUCAUCACUGCAGGGAGACACUACUGGGAGGUGGAAGUGUCCCCUAAUGGGAGCUGGAGACUCGGUGUGAUAUCAGAGUCUGUUAACAGGAAACAAAAGUCCACCAUGUCACCAAGAAGAGGGUACUGGGUGCUGUGGAAGGGCACCAGUUUGUGGGCGUGCACAGACGAGCCCACCAAGCUGCAGAGGGCGGCUGUGCCGCGGCUCAUCGGGCUGUAUGUGGACGUCGGCGAGGGUCAGGUGUCUUUUUAUGAUGUAGAGCGAAGGGUUCACAUUUAUACUUUCUCCGAUACCUUCAGCCACAGUCUGGUCCCCGUGUUCGGCUGCCUGGACGGACGCACGGUUCUUAAAGUCAGACCAGCACAGGUGUCAGAUAAAAAACUCAGGAAUGUGUCUCUGACUAGAUUAGACCUGUUAGUCGUCAAAUAA